CCGCAACCCCGAGUCAGCCCCCGCUGCCCCGUCCCACCGUCUCAUCUCUCCCCCCUCGGUAAUUUAUUUCUUCUGAAUAUGCAGAACACUGGCAUUCUCCAUGAAGAAGAGACAACAGUGAAUAGUGUACAUCGAUUUUUGGCAUCUCUUGAACUCAGCUCCUCUUUGUGAGUUGUUCAUAGCUACCAGUUCAUAACACUGUCUCUCUAGUCACAAAGAACACCCACCAUCUGCCUGUUGGGCUCCAGCACUGGUACUCUACUCUUAGUUCCACUUGAUUCCAGAGGAUAUAAUGGAGAAACACCCGGAAUCACCACCUGCCUUGCAGGUAGAGCAGCCCUCCCUUCAGGAGGAGAAUCGAACUCUGCCAUGGCAAGUGCAGCAUCUGCCCGAGGAGAACCAUGUUCUAAAGGGUCAAGUCAAGCCUGGUAUGGCCACUUCAGUAAUGCCUGUACCCUUCUCAUCAGAGCAUCCCUCCAAGUUUCAUGGUGUCCCUGCCAAUCUCUCAGGAUUUCUUGCUGAGGUGACUACCUAUUUGACAACUCCCAUGGUCUCCAAUACUGCAGAUGACACCCAAGUUAAGUUGUUUUUUGACUGCCUUUCUCAGCAGAUGGAAAAGUGUGGUGUCAUGUCCGGAAUUGACCAGAAUACUUUGAUGAGGCAAUAUGAAGACAUUGUUCUUGAAUUCCAACCAUCAGUUAGCAAGCCCGUGAAACAGGAAAUACACCCUUUGGUCAAUGCUAAGACUGACAAAGGAGACAACUCCCAGCAGGAUGUGAUCAGUUUCCAACUCCCUGCUCGAAAUCUGAGUUGCAAUGAAACCAAUCAGUGUGACUACUUCCAAGAGGGAUUAGUUGCCCCUGUUGAGGAUGAGGUGAGUGAAAAGAACAUGAUGGACAACCUCCCUGAUCUGAUCACUCAGUGUAUUCAGUUGGACAAAAAACAUAGUGGCAGGCCAGAGCUCCUUCGAGCAGAGGAGCAGCUCACAGUCUUGGCUUCCCAUAGCCACCAUCAAGCCCUCUCCAGCCCCACAGAUCCACUACCCAAAGAUGAGAUGAUACAGUUGAGGGGAAGCCAAUCCCCUCUCACUCCAGCCAAACGAGCCCGUCAGCAAGAAGCUCACUUGUGCCUCUACUGCAGCCAGGCUGGUCACAUUACAAGUGAUUGUCUUGCCAAACGUUCUCGAGCCCCAGCAAGGAUCAGUAACCCAACUCACCAGUAAGAGGCCCAGGCAAAUCAUCUUGUAAACAUGUAUCCCUCUCACCUUCAGCCUUACUGAUUUAUAACCCACAUGGGUUAUUAAAGUACAGGUAGGGAACUGUGAUACCACUUCACUCUCAGAACACAUGUGUUUUGGGGAAUUUAAACAGAUCUUGCUCAUUUGGUAACUAAUCACCAAAGAUGAUAAACAGUGAUGAAACAAAACCCAGGUACUUUCUGCAGUUGAGACCAAUUCUUCAAGAGCACUGAAAGCCUACAGCAAAAUGCUGCCUAGUUUGAACCAAUGAAAACAACCCUGGAAGUAUAUAGAUAACCCCAUUCUCACCAAUGGGUGGAAUAUGGGUUGAAUUUGUUAGCUCAAGUCUUUCAUCUCUCCACCCCCACCCAAGAUCUGUAUCCUGGUUCCUUGUUGGCUUAGGUCCCUUAUGUUUUCCUAGUAGAGGCUUGAGUCCAGUUCCACCUCAUUGACCAGAGUCAUUCAUGGAAACACAGGUGUGCACCCUUCCAUGCAACUAUGCAUUGUGUUGCCAUUUAAACAUUCCUGCACAGUUCUACAAUAUUAUGGAUAUCAGUUGAUGAUCAGCACUUGCUGGUAAUUACUGGUGCCCUUUUGCCUGCUCCUUGGUGCUGAUAUGUCUCCAUAAUGGGUCUCUUGAAGAAAGAUCACUAAUCUCAUACUCCCCACCAGCCAUCAAGGCCUAUGAGGAUAUUUAAGUGCAAUUAUACAUUGACCUUGUUUCUGGAGAAUGCCAAUUUUGACAAUAGUUAAAUCCAACUAGCACCUUACUACUCUCAUCCUGAAGCACUAACAGAUAUAUUCACCCAUUAAUGCCCCACCAACCACUGUGCAAAUUUUUAUUUGCAUUCACAAAGGCCCUUUAUUAAUAGUUUGUUGUACAGUAUGUUCUUUAUUCCAUAUGCUCAUGACAGACACCUUGCAUAUAUUCCAGUUCUGCAAAGAAACUUUCAAUAGGAUAUUGGGAUUGUGUGAGAUCCUCUAGCAGGUAGAUCUUUUGGAAAUUCAAGUGACUCUGGGACUACCUGGAGAUAGUCUAGAGAUAGUCUGAUCAAGCACUACUAGUGUCAUGAGGGACUAAACCAAUGGACUCCAAUCAGUCUCCUUAGCAAUCCCAGUGUGGUCCUAGAAUUCUGAUAGGAAUAUCCUGUUGGCUUCAUCACGAUCUUUUUUUAUCUGUGGUCUUGCACAAAGAUGCACGAUUUUACUUCCUCUUUGGACCUUCCUUCUCCAGCAACAUUGCCACCUUCCCUGAGAAAUCAUAUUUCAUAGCCUCUGCAAACAGGUAAUUAUUUUGGACAUUUAUGUUCAAUUCACCUCCUACUUUUCAAAAUCCCUUGUUCUCUAUGUGCUAAAUCCAAUACACACCUUGGAGGUAUGAAUAUAUAUGGAAUAAUGCUUUACUGACUACUCUCUAGCACCCAUUUUGUUUACCACUUCAAAAUUUUAUUAUGAUACUAUCCACUUCAAAUAGUGUGAACUCAUUAACAUAGACUUCUAUGAAGGUGUCAGAACUAAUACCUACAGAAAUUUCUGAGAAUGAAAGCAAUUUAAAUCUACCAAGAACAUACAUUUGACGAGAUGUGAAACUAUAUUGCCAAAACAUAUACAGUAAUGUAAACCAAUGUCAUAAUUAGAAUAAUUUAACAAUUAAAUUGUAGAGAUGCAACUACUCCAAGAUGUCGUUCACAAUGGCUUGGGGUAUAUCACCCCCCUCAACAAACACCCGGACCCACUCAAGGUUUAGGGAGGCAGAUUUAUUACAUGAUUGAUGCCACCAAGCAGAUAAAAUCUAAAAUCUAAUCAUUUUAUACUAAGUCUGGAGAAGAAAUUGUUAACAAGAGAACUUUGUGCAUGGAUUAUAGAAAAGGGGGCAAAAAGUGUCAUGGAACACUGCUAAUCUCUAGAUUUAGAGAUAUGGUGACCGGCAGAGGAUUGGCAAGUCCACAUAUGGGAGGAUAGACAUAUGAGUCCCCCAUUUUGUGUCAUGAGCCGUAAAGAUCAUUGCCUAACUCCUUUUGCUCUGUAGUAACUUUCCCACGUAAACUUAGUUACAGGGAGAAAAUUUGCUAACCAGUUGGCCUAAAUGUUCUAGCCUGCUUGACAGU